AUGGUAGUUGCUAGGAAUAUGGAGCUUGGUGGUAACUUCCCAGACCCUAAAACCAUCACGAGAUGGAGAAGGAAAGAGAAAGGUGGAGCAGAAGGUGGAGCGCCUGGAACCAAAGAGACGACGCCGAUGAUUGGGGCAGGUAGUGGUAUGGUCAGCUCUGGUCAUGGCGUAGACUAUCAAUUUGAUGUACCGAUGGACCCUCUCCAGCUGCCAGCUGACGUUGAAGUCGGUAGAGCUGUAACAGGCAGUCCACGCAGUGCAUUACCUUGGGAGAGGUCUGAUGUUGGAUUGGAUGUCGACAGACCGUCUACGGCAUCGCCAUCUGCAGCAAGUCUCCACAGAAGCGUGUCGAUGGUUUCAGAGGGAAGAAGAUUCAGCUUGGAUCCCAUAGGCAGCACACAAAGGAGACAGUCGAUCCGUUCACCAGUUGGUGGAUCAGUCGUUGGAGGUGAUGUAUCCAUGGGAAUCGAUCAUGGAUCAUUCGCAGGACUCGAUGAAGCAUUCCUACCAGAAGCUGAGCUCGACAAUCAGACUAAUAGCUUUUUGAGAUUCGCCAAGGGCGUUUUUGGUAGCAACGGCGGCACGGGUCAAGUUGAUGAGCGUAGCAGUGUGCGUUGUCUAGUGAUGAAUGAUAUAUGUCCAGCAACGCUCACAGCGCGCUAUGUAGCUGUGAAUGCGUUCCAUAACAUACUAGUGCUCGCAGACAAGAAUUUGGUUAAGGUGCAUGUGAAAGACGAUCCAACGAGGUGGUCACUUUCAUUUGCGUAA